GUGUGUGUGUGGCCGAAAGUCUGCUUCAGGCGGCGAGGUGAAGGGGAGGAUGUUUACUCGGACCCUCGAUGGUAAGGCGAGACCCUCAGCCGAGACUGAUACCUGGGCGUGAGUCAUCGUCAGGCAUUUUCCCUGAGUCAUGUUCCUCCCGGUGCUCGCUCGCACGUCCCCUCGUCUCCCCUUGGCACUGGCCACGCCCACCUGCACGUCGCCCACCACCGCUACCUGUACACCUCUAUUUUAUUGUUGGUUGCCAUGGGUAAUGUGGCUCUCUGGUUUGGCCGCCGCCACGCCUGGGAGUGACAUAUAUAACCGGCCGUCGAGGGAUACAGAUUUCAUGAUCAAUACGCGCCACAAGACCCGGCUGUGAAUGUUGCCAGUUUCUUUGUUAUUUUUGCUGGAUUACUUAAGAGGUACACGCGCUGGGGUAAAGUCGACCACGCCGACAGCCUCAAGUCUACAGUGCCGAGGAGGAUGGGCCUGAGGCAGGCAUAGUACGUUUCAGUAAUGCAACAAUAAAUCCUGGAUGGACCCGGCAUGGCCCCGGCGGCCCGCCACGCACCGGCGCAGUCAUGAACCUCCCGGAUAUUCCCCUUCUUUAGGGAAAUUCCGACAGUCUUGUCCCUAGAUGAUAAGGCAUAUUUGAGUGUCUUUUUACAUGUGUAUAAUGGUAUUACACAAGUAUUUAAAAAUCACCAUAGGGUGGAUUCUGACAGAAAAAAACAAAAAAGAUAAUGGGCCAAAGAGGGGAAACUGGCAGCACAGCUACAUUUUGCGGCAGAACGGAAGUGCAGAAGUGCCGACAGACACGGAUACGGUAUUAGAGUAGAAAGAGGAUCUUUACCCGGAGAACACCUGCUUACUUUCCCUCUCAAGAAGCAAGUAAAAGAAACAAACCGAUAAGUCUGUGAAGCCCUAGUGUAUCAUACCCGCCCCUGUGCACAGGUUCACCAUUCACGUGCAGGUGUGCUCGUGGCAGAGUGUGGCAGAGAGAGCCCUUCCCUUGAGGACACCCGCCGGGAGGCCACACCCCCGCCCGAGGGAGCCAGCAGCAGUAACAGCAGCGGCACCAUGUUUCCCCCGCCCCCCGCAGCCCCUCAGGACUCUGGUGCCCUGAGCCCGGCCUCCUCAUGGGACUGAUUUAUGGCAGACUUACGUGGCUCGCGCCUCCGGAACUUGAGCAAAAUGGCGUCGGCUGGCCCUAGUGUUAAUUUAAAGGCUGACGCCGUGACUAUACCUCAGAGUUCCUAGGAUAUAAUUAUUUCAUAGGAAAAUUAUAGCUAUCGAUGAUUCACCGUCCUCUUUGAAGUUACUUAAUCGAUCACUGACAAAUCAAACGUGAAUGUGUGGAUGCUGCUGGAGAAUAUUGCGUGAGCCUUCGUGGAAAAUCAAGUAGUUUUCCUUCUCACCAAUCUUAAAGUUGAGCAUUGCUCGUGACGUGACCCGCGUGCUGUGUUCGGUGGGAGCGAUGCGACAGUGACAUCAGCCAAGCAUCAUCACCCGGCCGGUAAGCAGAAGCAGUGACGUCAUCGGGAAGGCGUUGUGGCAGGCCGCCUCUCCUGAGUCUUCACACACAGGAUCCUCCUCCAGCCUGAGUAGAUAGUUCAGCACACAGUUCAGCACCAACCGCUGCUGCAGGUUUGGGAGCUGAGCAACGAAACCAAAUCAUUUUCAUUGUUUCUGUGGCCGUGAACAAACUUAGUGAUCGUCUGUAUCUCAGUCAGCAGCCAGUCGCGGCUCUAACUGACUAUCAGCCCUUCUUGCUACCAAGCCCUCCUGAACCCUAUACUUUCGUCCUCAGACUAAAACCAACACCCGCCUCAGCCGCCACACUACCACCACUCAGCGGCGGGAGACGUGUGUAACCUGAGGGUGCAGCAGAUAAGCCCGCCUCGCAGGGUCCUCAAGUAACAUGACGGACAAGGGCGUGACGAUCGAACGUUCCCCGUCAGGUUUGGGCAUCGGGGUAUUCUCCCCUCACCUGGCGGGGGGCGGGGGCAGCCCAUGGGAGCAGCAGCAGCAACAGCAGCAGCAGAAUGCCCUUAUCACCAAGUUAGCGGCGACGCCUCCGACCAGACUCAGUCGAAACACUGAAAGCGUCGACAAGGAAAAGAGGAUCAGAAAGGCGGAUGACAAAGGCAAUGUUAACCGAAGCUGUGGGUGUGGGGGGUGGGCGCGCGCGGGCCAGCUGGAGCACGACCUGGGGGAGCUGAAGAUCACCCACUCCAACCUCCUGACGGGCCUCCACCAGCAGAUCGAUUCCCUCAAGCAGAAGAACAGGGACUUGACCUUCCAGCUGCUGAUGGGGCCGUACGCCAGCCAGGUGAACCAAGACAUUCCCUUCAGCCCGGAGAGCGACGAGGCUACAUCUCCCAAGAAUGAGGCGCCAGCAAAGCCUGAAGCCAACAAGAGGAGCGCUGCCCCCGAGGCCCCCACCCUCAGUCAGCCCAGCCCAGGCCUCGCCUCCACAACCGCCACUACCACCGCCAUCACCAAUGCCCCUGACCCCCUCAAGACACUACCGCCUCAACAAACCCUCUCCAACGGGGAUUUUGUUAUUAGACGCCCCCUGCCUGGCCGGACCGGGCGCGGCGACCCCCGCCUAGUGCGCUCCCUGGAUCUGGAGCUGCUGGAGGAGGAGGCGGGCCACACGCGGCGCCUGUUGGAGGAGGAGCGCGCCAAGAACAAGUACCUCACCACCCUCGUCGAGGAUCUCAAGAGGCAAGCACGCGAGGCAGCUGGCGAAGGUCCCGGCAGUCUGCCCGCCACCACAAGGGUAGCGGCGCCCCCGCAUCUACCUCCGCCACGGCCCCCUCCCCGCCCUCCACCACACACAGGCGACCAAACACCCCGCGCCACCCUGCACGUCUCCCCACACACCAGACAAGUGGGCCAGCGAGACGUGUCUCCUCGAGCCUCCCAGACCGACAGGCUAAUGGGGGCAUCCUCGCCCCUGCCCAGACGCGGCACAGAAUCCAAGCCUCAAGCAGACAGAGAGCCUCGCUUCCCUCCCCUCCGUCAGCAAUUCCCUCAACAAGAGCGAAACGGCAAGCCUCCUCCGUACACCGCGAGCCCCACCCGACGCAGGAUGGCUGACAGGUCAAGGGAACGCGAAGGAGGAACAACAUUUCCAGCAAUCUCCUCGGCCCCUUUGCAGCACCAGCAGCAUGCACAACAACAGCAGCAACAUCAGCAGCAACAUUCACAGCAGCAGCAGCAGCAGCAGCAGCAGCAACAGCAGCAGCAGCGUGGCCGGGGCAGACACUUUGGAAGAGGGCGAGCACGACGUCAACACGGACAGCAUCAGUCUGAGCAGCAGCAGCAGUAUCAUCAGCAACAACAGCUUCAUAACUCACACACAGAGUUGGCAGAGGUCAAUGGUGACCACAAACCUCGAGUGACAGACCAAACUCAAAACCAAGGCCCAGCGUCCUCGGGGCGAGGUUUAGGGCGGCCAUCUUUACCUCGGGAUGCUUCUAGGGGCAGGCAGGACCCGACUCGAGCGCCAGCGUCUCCUCGAGAGUCUGGUCGUCAAGCGUCCCAGUACAAACGAAAUGACGCUGAGGGUGCGGGCGGUUCUCAGAAUGAUGAAGGGCGAGGGGCAUCCGGCCAGGAACACGAGGCCAGACAGGAGACGCGUAGCAAAGGCCGCGGACGAACGCACCGGCGGGGCGGCAGGGGGCGGCCCCGCAAGGAAAAGACUACCAUUCCUCCAGAGUACACUGAGAGCGAGCAGUAACCACUGCUGAAAUUAUGCUGCCAAUACAAACCUCAGUUCUAUGCAUAGGCAAUGCUUCUCAACUCAGGCUUAGUAAUCAUGCUCUGUUAAUUUUGUAGGGGAAACUGCAUGAACAUCUCGAGUUGUUCUAACAUUAAAUGACAAUGAAUAUUUGUAUGCCACUCGGAAUGUCGAAAUGCGUGUUCGAAUUCGCUCACUGACCAAGAACAAUGCGAAUAAGACAACUUAUAAUGUCUACUUACUCAGCCUGUCGCCUCCUUUAGUCAAUGUGUGUGUGUGUGUGUGUGUGUGUGUGUGUGAACGGACAAUCUUCUGGUGUGAGUCUCGCUGAGUGUAAUGAUGCAAUACGUACGUUAUUUAGACGUCAAAAUUUUAUCAAACUGUGUAAUUUUCAGUCACCAGUUUAUCUCUCGUAUUAAUGGCCAAAUAAUAUGUAUUUCUAUGUUCCACUGUAAUGUCAAUCAGUUACUGAUAUAUGCAGUACAAAUAUAUACUAGUUUGUGCAAUAAACGUAAAAGAUUGAUAACGAGUCACUUGAGCA